GAGGGACGAGAGAGGACUGUGUUGAAUGUGUCAGAGGGAGAGAAAUCAAAUUGGCUCCAUGAAAUCUGUGUGACUCAAACACAGUGUUCUCUGUGUCCAAGGGAGAGAGGGAGGGAGAGAGUGAGGGAGGAGGAAGAGAAGAGAGAGAAGGAGAGAGGGGGAGAAAGAGAGGAGAGAAGACUACAGAGAAUGAGGCGAGGACAAUCACAUUCAUCCGCUGACUCAGGAACCAGUUGAAGAAAGCUAGCAAGCCUCCCGCCUUUCUGUUCUAAGGCUGAAACCAUAAAAAGCACACAGGAGGGAGAUUUCACCCCACAGGCAGAGUACGAGCGCUGAGGGAACGACUAACUGUAGCUCAGCUUGAUUCAAACAUAGACACGCACUUCUCUGUUCUGUUUCGGCUGAGGGUACAGAAGAUCAAGGGGCAGAGUUUCAGUGAUCGUCUAGUGUGUGCUUGAACAGGAGUGACUACAGCUCUGCUUAGAGAGAGAGCAGCCAUCUGACUGCGACACUGUGGAUACCCUCCUCACUGUGCGGGGGAGCUGCAGCUGCUUAGAAGAAAAAGAGCAGGCAAAGGCCUGAGCCGUGAAGAGACUCUACAGGACCACCCUGCUGCCCCUGCAAGACCAUGACGUCACACGGGAAACUGAGGAAGGAAAAGGGGAGUUUGGCCGAGUAUGAAACACAGAUCAAAGAGGUGCGCAGUCAGCUGUCAGAGCAGCUAAAGGUGUUGGAUGCGCAGCUGGAGCAGAAGACCCAGCAGCUGCAGGAUCUGAGUGACUACCUGCGCAGGCGGGGCGAGAUUGAGGCAGAAUAUGCUCGCUCUCUGGAAAAGCUCAGUGAGCGGUUCACCCUCAAGACCAAGAAGAAGGAGCAGUCUGACCAGUCUGUAGCCCAAUGCUGGUCAGUGCUACUGGCACAGACCAAACAAGAGAGUCGGGACCACAGCUCCCUCAGUGAGAUGUGUAGCACCACCCUCACCCAGCGCCUGUCCCACUGCAUUGAGGACACACACCGCCUGGCCAAGAAGAGUAAGGAGGUGGGGCUGCAGAUGCAAGAUGAGCUCCUAAAGGUCACCACUGAGCUUCAGACGGCUCUAAAGACUUAUCACCAGUAUCACACAGAGUGUCUUGCGGCUGAGGGCAAGCUUAAAGAAGCCACACGACUGGAGGAGAGACAGACGGGCAAGUCUGCUGACCUCGGCCUCGGCCAAUCAGCAGGCCAGAGGCGCAGCUCUGUGAAGAAGAUGGAGAGGCUGAUGGAAAAGAGGCAAGGGAAAGUACAAGAGACUCAGCUGAAGUGUACUAAAGCUCGCAACGACUACCUGCUCAACCUCUCAGCAGCCAAUGCCGCCAUGAAUAAGUACUAUCUGGAGGACAUAUGCACUCUGAUUGAUUGCACUGACCUUGGCUACCACCUGUCUGUGUCACGGGUGAUGCGUGGCUACCUGUCCAAUAAGAACCGGGCCCAGCAGAACCUGAAGAACUGUCUGCAGCAGCUGGAUGACUCGAUCAGUGGUCUGGACCAAGGUCAGGACCGAGACGCCCUUCUGCAGGCCCACAACUCAGCCUUCUGUCUGCCCUUCCGCUUCCAACACCAGCCACACGAGGGCGACCAGGUGUGUGAGGUGAGUGCAGACUGUCAGGUGAGAUAUGAGAUGGAGACAAGAUUCCAGCAGCUACAGUCCAGGCUGGCUGCUGUUACCUUGGAAACAGAGGAGGUCAGUAAAACACUCAAGGCGACUCAUACUGCACUACUGGACAAUAUCUGCGAUGAUGACUGUAACCCCACCCCUGAUAUCUCAGCCACUCUGUCACUGGAGGGCACAGGCGAUGGACCUGGCACCAAACAAAGCCUGGCCAAACGCAGAGCCAAUCAGCAAGAGACGGAGACCUUCUACUUUACUAAAGUGAAGGAGUAUCUGAAUGGCAGCUCUCUCAUCUCCAAACUCCAGGCCAAACAUGACUUGUUGAAGGAGGCCAUACAAAAAGCUGAGGCCAUUGACAGCGACCCCUCCAGAAUGCAGCCUGGUAGGGCAGUGCGUAUGCGGAAAGCCAGGCCUUGCUCCCAGUACAACCACAAACUCUUCACUGGAGACAUGGUCUCCUUCAUUCAGAGCUCUGGACAACAGAUCCCCCUGGUGGUGGAAAGCUGUAUUCGCUUCAUCAACCUCCAUGGUCUGCAUCAUGAGGGCAUAUUCAGAGUGCCAGGCUCUCAGAGUGAAGUCAAUCACAUCAGAGAUGCUUUUGAAAGAGGAGAAGACCCUCUGACAGACAGCGAGUGUGACAUUGAUUCAGUAGCGGGAGUUCUGAAGCUCUACUUCAGAGGUCUGGAGAAGCCUCUGUUCCCAGAGGAGAGCUUCAAUCAGCUCAUGGAGUGUGUCCAGAUUGAAAACGUGGCGGAGAGAGCGGCUCAGAUUAAGACAGUGAUCUCCUCCUUCCCCAGACCCAUCAUCAUAGUGAUGCGCUAUCUCUUUGCCUUCCUCCAUCAUGUUUCUCAGUACAGUGAUGAGAACAUGAUGCAGCCCUACAACCUGGCAGUGUGCUUCGGGCCCAGUCUGCUGAGAGGGGCUGAGUCGGGCGAUGCAGUGACCCUGCAGCCCCAAAUCAAUGCGCUGGUCAAAACUUUAAUCCUCCAGCAUGAGAGCAUCUUCCCCGGCCCUGCUGAGCUCCCAGGACCCGUCUAUGAGAAAUGCAUGACCCUGGAGCAGGAAUACUGUGAACCCAUUACAGAGGAGGGUGAGGGAGAUGCAGAGCACGUUCCAAGUGAGGAUGAGUGGGAUGCAGUGGCUAUGUUUGAUUAUGUUGCACGGUCUGCAGCCGAGCUGUCAUUCAAGCAGGGGGACCACAUCCUGCUGCACAGCAAGGCCUCCUCUGAUUGGUGGAGAGGAGAAGUGGGAGGAGUCAAAGGCCUCAUUCCUCAUAAGUAUAUCAGCGUGUCUGAGGGAGCAGAGAGAAAGCAGGAGCGAGGGAAGAGAGAGGAUGCCCGGGGUGGCAGCACAGGGAAUCUAGCUGAGGAGCAGCAACUGGCUGAACACAGCACUCGCAUGCGGGUCAACAGUGACAGCGCAUCUCUGCCGGGGAGACAGAGGACCGGUAGUGGAGGUGGGGGUAUGGGAGGAGGGGGCAGUGGGAGUGGGAGUCCAGUGCGGAAGUUCACCCUGCAGGUUCCUGAUGGCCGAUUCAUCUUGCCACCCCAGUCAGCUGGUGCCACUCGCCAAGUCUCAGGUUCACAGGAACGCAGACACACUCUGGACAGUCUGAGGCCCAUCGGUGGACCAGCAGACCGACAGACAGUUCAUGUUGAUAAGGAGAUCAGUCGGCAGAUGAAUUCAGUGUUUAAAGAGCUGCUGUCCCGACAGCCUGCUCAAGACAGUUCAGUCUCUCAAUCUCCUUCCUCUCCGUCCUCCUCCUCCACUUCCUCAGUCUCCACCGGUGUCACCCGCCAGUCGGUGAAGAAGGGAACGCCUUUCAGCCUGCGUGGCCGAGGCCUCUUCAAACCUCCUGACCAGCAGGACUGAUGAAGAAAGGAAAGAAAGAAGGCAGAGAAAUGAAAAGAAGGGAAUUGAGAAAUGUUAUUGUAGAAAAUGAAUCUAUUUUUCCAAACAUGUAAUAUGAUGAUGUUCUUAAGACCUCGGUUAUCCAAACCUUUGGUUUAUGGGAAAUGUCUUUGGUUUAUCUAGUGCCAGUAACACAACCAGGGAUUGGUAAUUGCACUCAUUGCAGUGACCAAUCACUGGUGAUGUUGCUGAUUUUGUUUGUGCUUAUAAAUUUGCUAUAAACUAUAAGGACAUGGUAAAGCAGGCUCACUUUCAAUAAUUAGUUUUUUCCCCAUUACAAUGUUCAUUCAUUACAGUGAUGUCCAGUGGAGUGACUGAACUUUUGCGCUGUAGUGCUCCGUCGUGUUGCCAUGGAGACAAGUUGGUUUCUGCUGGACGGCGGGUCUAAGAGCUCACAAAGCCAUGGCUGUGUUUCUACAGCAUACCGAGAGUGUUGUCUAUGACUGAGAGGAAGGAAGACAGCUGUAAACGCAGGAUCCUGACAGGCUUCUGCCAGAUUUAAGGAAGAAAAUGACGCUUAAAUUUAAAUCUGGAUGUAAACCAGAGAAAGGCAACUAUAUUUUUGAAUUUUUUGAGGUGUUAUUUUUUAAAUGAUUAUUGUUAAUUUUCCAGGUUGGUUUAAAUAAUUCUUUUAACCUUUAUUUUUGCUAUAUUUUAGGUAGGCUUAUAUUUUGUGGCCUGAACUCAUUCUUUGUUCUCUCGAUAAAAGGAAGAGACAUGUUUAAAUAAGUGAAGAAAUCUCUUACUCCUGUAAGCAGGCAGAUAAAAUAUAGCUACAGUCUCGUUAUUGGAUUUAUGUUUCCAGUAUUAUGGGUACAGAAAUGGAUAUCCAGUGAAAAUCUUGGAAUAUGUACAAAAAAACCCACCAAGAAUGCUCCAGAAGCUGAUUCCUCCUUCUGUUGGUAACUUCAUACUUUAGUGUCAGUUUCUUUUGCCUGGCUCAUACGUGAAUAUGCGACAUGACAUUUCCAAGUCAGAGAACAUUGUAACUCAGUGAAAUAAGUGAACACAUAUGGACACAUGCACAUAUACAAACAUGGAAGGAGAUCGAGUGUGGGAACAGGUGCGAUGACCAAAAUAAUUGCAGCUCAGUAGCCACCUUUUCCCUCAUGAGUCCAUUUUCUCUGUCAUGUACAGACAACUGUGAAGACAAGUGUGUCCAGACACACCCACAGCUCAGGAGUAGCCAUACAGAGAGAGAGAGAGAGAGAGGAACAGACUGCUAGAACUGACUAAACUGUGAACGAAUAGGUGCAGUUACAGGAAGUACAGUGGCACUCUCGUUUCCUUCCUGUUAAGCCCUAAUGCGCACACACACCUCACUGCUCCCCCUCCUCCGCUACUCACUGGUGCAUCCUCCUAAAUACGUGCUUCUCUUUUUCAUGAUGUCAGCAGAAUUGUUGUCAUAUGAAUUCCAGUAUUAUCAUAAUAAAUAAUGAAUUUUGUCCAUUCUGGAA